GGCCCUGACGUCACUGGCUAGCGGUGCAGAGACUGAGGAAAAGAGAAGAGGCUUCCCUCUUAAAGAGACAUCCCCGUUAUUGGCUUGGCCCCCGGUGUGAGCAGGAGGAUGGUGUGCGGCGGCUUCACCUGCUCCAAGAACGCGCUGUGUGCGCUUAAUGUGGUGUACAUGCUGGUAGGCCUCUUGUUAAUUGGUGUAGCAGCAUGGGGCAAAGGCUUCGGGAUAGUGUCCAGCAUCCACAUCAUCGGCGGCGUCAUAGCAAUCGGUGUUUUCCUUCUACUAAUUGCCAUCAUCGGAUUGAUCGGAGCAGUUAGUCAUCAUCAAGUGAUGCUGUUCAUUUACAUGGUGGUGUUAAUUCUCAUCUUUAUUUUCCAACUGGUGGUCUCGUGCUCCUGCUUGGCUUUGAAUAGCUCUCUACAGGAGCGGUUUCUGAACGAAGCAUGGACCAGUAUGGGCAACGUGACCAGGAGAGAGAUGGAGAAGAAUGUGAACUGUUGUGGAUGGUUGAACACCACAGACAAAUAUGCACAGUUUAAAGAAGAGUUUUCAGUCUGCACUGCGGAGUGUAAAAAAACCACAUGUGAGACGUGCGGUAACAAAAUGUUGACCCAUGCUGGUGAAGCCCUCAAAAUCCUUGGUGGUGUUGGACUCUUCUUCAGCUUUACUGAGAUUCUUGGUGUAUGGCUUGCAUUCAGAUACAGAAACCAGAAAGAUCCUCGAGCAAAUCCCAGCGCUUUCCUAUAGUAUUAUUGAAGCUUCUCCCACAACCCUUCAGUCAUGUAUUUAAUUUUCCCCUUUCAGUCCUGUCUCUUAGCCGGUAAUUUCUAACCCUAAAACACACACGUUUCACUUAGCUAGGAGAAAGGGACCCGGCAGGGGAAGAAGUCAGACCAAGCUCCCCAAUAUGGGGGCUCUAUCAGGAAUGCAAUCAGAGUAGACCAGUUUUAGCAAAUCUUUUAUGAGGUUCUUCUGUUUGUGUUUUGGGGUGCUGAGCAUUUAGUGGAAAAUGGGUACAAGGAUAUCUGUGCUCUUGAAAUACUUGUACUAUGGCCCUCGGCUGCCCGGUUUCAUUUUACUGCUUGUAAUGAGGUAUAGCUUGCCAUGUUUUUAAAGGGCGGAUUGAAUGAAGGGUAUGUUGAGGUGUACAUAUAUGUAAAGAUACAUGCCAGUCGUUCUUGAAAUGAUGUUUUUUAUGUUCAUGGCGAAGUGUAAAAGGUCCCGUGUUGGCACCAAAGUAUCAGUAAUGACAUUGUAUGGCAAUCUAUUGGAUAAAGGCCUGGAAAUUCUGAUACAGGACUACGGACUGUAAAAGCAGCUACAAUUACAUCAUCAAAUACUUCAUGGUUUUUCUUUUAAAUAUUAAUGGCAUUUUCAGAACAUUUAUAGGCAAGUGUCCCUUUACAUAGACCUGAAAUGGGUCAUUCGGGAAUUAGACAUUGAUGACCUAUUCUCAGGAUAGGUCAUCAGUAUGAGAUCAGUGGGGGUCCCGAUGUCAGCUGUUUGAAGAGGCCGAAGCUCUGCGGUCUCUUCACAGCUUACCAAGCACAGUGCCAUACAUCGUAUAGUGGCUGCGCUUGGUAUUUCAGCUCGGCCCCUCUCACUUGCAUGGGACUGAGCUGCACCUAGUCCACGUGACCAAUGUACAAUGAUGCCAUUGGUCUAGGAAGAGGUCUAAUCCCUCACGGUGCGGCCUCUUCGAACAGUUGAUCAGCUGGGGUCCCAGGAGUCAGACACCCCUGCUGAUCUGUCCUCAGGAUAGGUCACCAAUAAUUCAUGGGGAUAGUGUACAAGCAAUGGGCAUGCUAUUCCUUUCCGUUUUAUAGCUUCACCUCCAGUUCUGGUAACUAGUUUGUUGGUUGUGUCCUAGGCUUUCCCUCCCAACAAUCAUGGGGUUGUCCUCCAGAAUGACUUUUAUGUAUCAUUCUUCCUAUAAUUUCUGUGCAUCCUCCUGCAUGUUCUACCAUUUGUUAAAAAUGUGAACUGCCCCCUCCCCCCCAUGUUUAUAAUGUAAAGGCUUCCCAACUGGAGAUACCAUGUGGGCAGCUAGUGACAAUGAAACCCUGACCCAGCAGAUUGUUCUGCCAAUGCAUGUAAUGUUGUUGGGCCACUUACCAUUAACAUGUUCUGCCCCAGUGAUGAUAAAUUAGACGUUUAGCUGCAUUCUGUUUUUUAUAAGAAAUCUAUGUAACACGAUACGAUGCUGGCAUGGGGCUUUAGGUGUGCUGUUUUUUUAUGCGUCUGUUUUUAUAGGGUACGAUUAACCUGCAGCAUCUAUAGAAAUGUACAUUGUAUUUUCUGAAGAGUCGACCGCUACCAGAUUUACUUUCAGAAUACCCAGGUCGAAGACUUUGUAAAGCUGGGUGACAGGCAGAUGGACCUGGUACCGUAAGAACGUCGGACGCUGGGAUCUGAUUUCACUGUCUGCUGAAUCAUGACUAACUUUCUGUGGAUAUAAACAAUAGCUCGAACCCUGCCUGAUGUUUUAUCCCGCUCCUUUCUCAUGCGUUUAGAAAACAGAAGUCCCCCAGGGUCGAAUCUUCCCUAUAAUUGGCAUGAAAAAUACUAAAGUACAUAAUGUGGGUUAUUUACUUAAAUAACUGCUUUAAGACACAAUAAAGUAUUGUCCCUCUAA